GGCACUAAGUCAUGCCGACACACAGGAAGCAGAAGGCGCUGCGCGCAGACGAUUUCUUCCAGUUACCGACGGAGGGACGAAGUUGAGCCUACGCUCCUUCGCCACACUUCCACGCUGUGCUACGGACCCAGUCUGAACUGGGAAAUUCUGCUCCUGAAGGAACACGUGACUUGAGCCUUUCAACCCAGUCACAGAGGUCAUGGAGGUGACCGACUUCAUUGGUGAGACGGGCAUCUACCAGAACGUGAUGCUGGUGCUAUCCAUGUACCGGGGCAUGAUGCUGGCCAUCAACAACCUGUGCGCCUCGUUCAUCUUCCCUGAGGUGGAGCACUGGUGCGCGCGACCGCCUGCUUACGCACACUGGGACGCACGGCAGUGGAAGGCUGAAGCCAUCCCACAUGGAGGCUCUGUGGUAGAAGACUACUCGUGUAUGCACUACGCCAUUUCAGACAACGGCGGGUUUGACAACCUUUCAGUGGUUUCGUGCAAUUCAUGGGAAUACGACCACUCCGAGUUCUGGCCUUCGGGCACUGAAAUGUGGAACCUUGUGUGCGGUUCUGCCUGGAAGAAUGCAUUGCCCCAGAGCAUCUACAUGGUCGGCAUGACAUUUGGUUUCGUCAUCAUGGGUCCACUCUCGGACAUAUUUGGCCGGCGGCCUGUUUUGCUGUAUGGUCUGGUGAGCUACGUGAUACUGGAGUACGCCAUGGUUGCGGCCACCUCUUUCACCUUGUUCUGCUUGCUGCGUUUUUUGAAUGCCAUCUCUGUAGCCGCAGCGAACAACAGCCUGACACUCUAUGUAGAAAGCAUUGGUCCAAGCUACCGGGGACGAUCGAUGGUGGCAUAUGGCAUCUUUUGGGGAGUGGGCAUCGCCGUGCUGGCUGGCCUGGCUGCCGUUGUACCAGGAUGGAAGGCCCAGCUGGCUGUCUUCGCUACCAUGUAUGCACUGCCACUGCUGCUCUGGAGGUACAUAGUGGAGUCUCCCAAGUGGCUCUUGACAGUUGGAAAGUACAAGGAGGCGGAAGAAGCCAUCAGGAAGAUCGCCAAGAUAAAUAACAUCAAACAUAUUGAAGACGAAGACCUCGCUAAGCUGAAGAAUCAGUACAAGGAGCAACAUGGGAAUCGGAAAGCCACAGCCUGCGCUGGAAUCCUGGCCAUGUGCAAUUCAAGAACGAUGAUCAUAUUUACGCUGACCAACGUAAUCUUUCAGUUCUGCACAGCUCUCGUGCGGUACCAACUGGCACUGGACACGGGACUGUUGCCAGUGGACCCAUACAUGAAUUUCCUCGUGGGCGGUGUCAUCGAGGCAGUGAGCGGAAUCGUCAGCCAUCUGAUUCUGCUGUACCUACCACGCAAGAGUUCCACCAUCUGCUUUUUAAUUUUCACCAUGGUCGCUUAUCUACUCCAUGCCUGCUUGCCAAAAGCUUACGCCUUGGCCGAAAGGCUGAUGAUGCUUGCGGGUCGGCUGUGCAUCGGAAAUGCGAUCAACAUCAACAUAAUUUACUUAAGCGAGAUGUUUCCAACCGGUGCCCGUGCAUUGGCCAUCGGGUUCGCCCAGACAGUGUUCGGAGUCGGAGCUGCCAUCCAGCCGCACAUCAAUCACCCCUUUAGCAACGCAACCUGGGAUGCAGUCUUCUACGCGGUCGUCAUGUUGGUCGCGGCAGUGGUGUUGAUCCCCUGGCCAGAGACCAAGGGCCGGCCGCUGCCGGAUUUCGUGGCUAACGUCGAGGCUUCGGGAAGUUUGGAAACAGCUGCAUCGGUUGCAGACGGCACCAACGGCGUUGUGCACACUGCGGUACACGAUAAUGCUGGGUUCAGCGCUAACGAAGCUGAACCUAGCGCCAAUGAAGCUGGAGCCAGCAUUAACAAGAUUUGGGACAACCUCACCAAGACCGCGGACAGCCCCGUUGUUAUAGAGUUAGCCUCCUUCGAGCGGGUAAUCGGCGUGCGGCAAGCUGCCAUGGUCGCUGGUGCCGUUGCUUCUCCUAGAGGUGUUGGCGCGCUUAGGCGCGAGCAUAGCUUCUGAGUGGUGCCAUUUCUCUAUUAUCUUCCCGCAGGAGAAAUUCUAAGUUGUCAUUUUUGUAUCCUCAUGUCAUCUGGUUUAACUUUUGCAUAUCUUAAACCUCAGUACGUGCUUUGUGUUUAGUGUCAUGUUCCCUCAUCGUGUGUGCUCUGUUCGUCCCCCAAGACUACUUUUCGAUUAUUCUUGCUAUCGUGAGACUUUCGACAGUCGUGUCGAAAUAGCCUUUGGCUAACACUUCACUUCAGUUCUGCUUCGAACACCCACAAUGAAAUCUAUCCGUAACUCCCUUCAUAAACAAAUGUCCAACGACUGCUUUAAACACGGGACUGAGGAAAAGUGAUAUGUCACUGUCAUAUUGGGGUCAGGCGAUGGCACUCUAUUGCUUAUUCUUCACGAUUUGUUAUGACUGCCUUUCCUUCCAUAAAGGCUUAUUGAAGAGUGUCUUUACCUGUCUACUAUGCGAGUGCUUCUGACAGAAGCGUACAUUAACCUCCCAUUGCGUUUUUAUAAAUGUUUUACUGCAUCCCAUGUCCGAAAAUCGUCUUUCUUUAUAAACUUUGAACGUGCGAUACUCUGCCACCUGCACUCUUUUAACGGGACGUCACCGCAACGGCGCUCAUUCGUUGUAAAUACUAAAUAAACAUUCCUUCCCUUUUC